AUGUGCUUAUAUGCUGUAUUUCGGGACCCCUUGCAGCAAAUUUUCUCCUGCCUGUUGUGCAUCGCAGCAUCAUUCAAGCCCCGAAUUAUUCGCUCCUCCAUUGUGCUCUGCGACCUUCCCUUCCCCCCACAGGCACUCCCCGCCUUCCAGGCAUCGCAACAGCUGCAGUGGUAUGCCAAACUGCAGUCCCACGUGAACGCAACCCUCCCGGCCUUCCAGGCAUCGCAGCAGCUGCAGUGGUACGCCAAGUUCCAGGCCGACGUGAACGCAGCAGCCGGCGCCGACCCGCUCCUCCCAAAGUCCCCAGCCGUCUUCUCCUCCGCACUCCACAUCGUCGGCCUCGGAGCCAACGACUACCAUAUCCUCUUUUUCAGCGACCGUAUCAACGAGAGCACUAUUCCGAGGCUUGCUGCUGGGGGCUCCCAACAGGCGCGGGAUUUUGCGUCCGCGGUGGUGGGCGCAAUCGAGGCGUACGUGAGGGGGCUGUAUGGGCUGGGAGCAAGGCGUUUUCUGCUGUCGGAGCUGCCGCCGUUUGGGUGCGCGCCGCUGUGGCAGCAGGCGCUGCAGCAGGCGCAGUGCGUGGCGGUGCUGAAUGGGUAUGCGCAGGCGCACAACCGGCUGCUGGCUGCUGCUGUGGGGAAGCUGAGAGAGGAGCUGCAGGGAUCGCAGAUCCUGCUGGCCAAGGUGUACGGCAUUGUGGAGACAGCUGUUGCCGACCCUGCCACUGUUGGCCUCCUGGAGGGCAGCAACGCAUGCUGCGGCGGCCCACCUCCCCUCAACGGGCUCGUGCAGUGCGGCACCACAGCCAACCUGGGCGGUAACAUGGUAACCGCAUCGCAGUGCAGCCGCCCGCAGGACGCGGUGUUCUGGGACCAGUUCCACCCCACGGAGUCCCUCAACCGCAUUCUCGCCCACAACUCGUUUGUGGGCCGCCAGGACUCCAUCUCUCCCAUGAGCGUGCGUGACCUGGCUCAGCUAACCCGUGGGCAGAAGUAA